AUGUCUGGCCUCAAGUUUGAUCCCGAGUACCUAAAGGCCAUUGAGCCAUUCAUGAGUGGACCCCAGCCACCCCAACAGUCCAAUGAUAUCUAUGGCAGGCGGGCGACCAUGAACAUGAUCAUGACGGCGGCCAACGACUUUGCUCCUGCGCCGCCCGCUGUCCCGCAGACGGUCUAUAUCGUCAGGGGCCAUGAUGAAGUCGAUAUCAAAGUCACACGCUUCGCCACCGAGGCGGCUUCCAAGUCGGAAAGGCCGACACCUGCCGUGGUCUACUUACAUGGCGGCGGCUUCUUCUCUAAUAGCGUUGAAAUCUUUACACCUCGGAUCGCCCGCUAUGCUCACGACUCUGACCUGCCAUACUUUGCUCACUUGUCAGAGUCCUCCCAAGAGUUCAACAUCGACCCUACCAAGAUCAUUGUCCAUGGAGAUAGCGCUGGAGGAGGAGUUGCUGCUGGCGCCGCUCUGUUGGCUAGAGACCGCAAACUUGAACCUCCCCUGGCGAAGCAGAUUCUGAUUUAUCCCAUGCUCGAUGACCGAACCAAAGUAAAAGAUGACGAUCCGAGUAUCGAGCUUAUGGUCUGGAAGCCGGAUGCGAAUGUUGUCGCCUGGGACGCUUAUCUUAGCGAAGCUCGAAAGAAUAGUGACAUCUUGCCCUAUGCAGUGCCGGCUAGAGCCGCCAGCCUGCGGGGUCUGCCGCCGACUUACAUUGAGGUUGGAGCUCUGGAUCUGUUUAGAGAUGAAGACAUUGAAUAUGCCUCUCGAUUGGCUCGGGAGGAUGUCGAGGUCGAGUUCCACCUUUGGCCUGGUCUGCCGCAUGGGUUCGAUGGCUUCCUGAAUCUCAGCUGGUAUGAAAGGGCCAAGGAGAGCCGCAUGAGCGCCUUGAAGAGAGCUUGA